CUGUUUCUCUCCGGGGCUGAGGGCAUGCGGAUCGAGAGAAGAGGGCUCUGCAAGCGGCGGGGCCACACAGCCACCUGUGAGCCUCCCGCAACUGCGGGCGGCGGCGGCGGCAUCUCCGGCCGGAGACAGGAGGAGACGCUUGGCGGACCCCGCCCGCCGACCCGCCGGGCGCACACACAGGCGCACACACACUCGCACCCGCGCGCACACGCACAGCCAGCUAGCAGCGGCGACCGCAGCGAUGCUAACAAGCAGGUCGGGGAAGUUUCCCGCCGGCCUCGGCCGCGGGCCCCCGUGCUCGCAGGUGUAGCGCCCCCGCGCGGCACGGGCGUUCGGGCGUCUCCAGCAUGACCCGCCAGAGUCUGUGGGACGUGUCUGAGGCCAACGUCGAAGACGGAGAGAUCCGCAUCAAUGUAGGAGGUUUCAAGAGGCGGCUGCGCUCGCACACCCUGCUGCGCUUCCCUGAGACGCGCCUGGGCCGGCUGCUCCUCUGCCACUCGCGCGAGGCCAUUCUGGAGCUCUGCGAUGACUACGACGAUGUCCAGCGUGAGUUCUACUUCGACCGCAACCCUGAGCUCUUCCCCUACGUGCUGCAUUUCUAUCACACCGGCAAGCUUCACGUCAUGGCCGAGCUGUGUGUCUUCUCCUUCAGCCAGGAGAUCGAGUACUGGGGCAUAAACGAGUUCUUCAUUGACUCCUGCUGUAGCUACAGCUACCAUGGCCGCAAAGUGGAGCCAGAGCAGGAGAAGUGGGACGAGCAGAGCGACCAAGAAAGCACCACUUCCUCCUUUGAUGAGAUCCUGGCGUUCUACAACGACGCCUCCAAGUUCGAUGGGCAGCCGCUGGGCAACUUCCGCAGGCAGCUGUGGCUGGCGCUGGACAACCCUGGCUACUCAGUCUUGAGUAGGGUCUUCAGCAUCUUGUCCAUCCUGGUGGUGUUGGGGUCCAUCAUCACCAUGUGCCUGAAUAGCCUGCCGGAUUUCCAGAUACCUGACAGCCAGGGCAACCCGGGGGAGGACCCCAGGUUCGAAAUUGUGGAGCACUUUGGUAUCGCCUGGUUCACAUUUGAGCUGGUGGCCAGGUUUGCUGUGGCCCCUGACUUCCUCAAAUUUUUUAAGAAUGCCCUCAACCUUAUUGACCUCAUGUCCAUCGUCCCCUUUUACAUCACUUUGGUGGUGAACCUGGUGGUGGAGAGCACACCUACCUUGGCCAACUUGGGCAGGGUGGCCCAGGUCCUGAGGCUGAUGCGGAUUUUCCGCAUCCUAAAGCUGGCUAGACACUCCACUGGCCUCCGCUCCCUGGGGGCCACCCUAAAAUACAGCUACAAAGAAGUCGGGCUGCUUUUGCUCUAUCUCUCUGUGGGGAUUUCCAUCUUCUCCGUCGUGGCCUACACCAUUGAAAAGGAGGAGAACGAGGGCCUGACCACCAUCCCUGCCUGCUGGUGGUGGGCCACCGUCAGCAUGACCACUGUGGGAUAUGGGGAUGUGGUCCCGGGAACUACGGCAGGGAAGCUGACCGCCUCUGCCUGCAUCCUGGCUGGUAUCCUAGUGGUGGUACUGCCCAUCACCUUAAUCUUCAAUAAGUUCUCCCACUUUUACCGCCGCCAAAAGCAACUGGAGAGUGCCAUGCGCAGCUGUGACUUUGGAGAUGGAAUGAAGGAGGUCCCUUCUGUCAAUUUAAGGGACUACUAUGCCCAUAAAGUUAAAUCCCUCAUGGCAAGCCUGACGAACAUGAGCAGGAGCUCACCGAGUGAACUAAGUUUAAAUGAUUCCCUACAUUAGCCGAGAGGACUUGUCACCCUCAAACCCACACUGCUGGGUUGCAUCUUGUGCCUCAGACACAGUUCGGGCACCUUAGGGUUAUGGCAUAAGGAGUAGGCCCAGCCCCACAGGGGAGAGAGAGAUGCAUGGGCUAUGCACCCCAUGUUGCUUCCCCAGCAUUUAGAAUCUUUUUUAGAAGGUGCAGCAUUAGACAUCAUGCCUUUGCACCCUUCUGUGAAAUGAUACUCACUGGUUUUUGCUUCGUGGGCAUAAAAAUGUUCCCCUUUCUGCCAGAUGAGUACCACCCAGAAUGCUAAUUUUUCUGUGUUCCCUGUGCUCUACUCUAGUGCUCGUGGCCCAGUACUGUCUUGUGAGUUGUCUGUGCUCUUGUUUCUGAGGUUGUCGUGUGAGUUCUGUCCCAAAAGCCCCCACAGGUCUGUCGGGUGGAAACCCAUCCAAGAGGUCAGCAAGGCUGUGAUGAGAUUUUGCUCAGUCAUACAAAAACAAAAUCUCAGUUCUUUAUCCAUUGCUUUCAGUUAGUGUUGUUACCAAAACAAAGAAUCCGAAGUGGAGCACACGGGACCGAUGCAAGUCCGUGAGUUGUUUUUACAAAUUAUCUGUAGCAGUGUGGCUUGCAUGGGUACCCCAGUUCACCUUUAGAAUGAUGUACGCUAAUGUUCAUCUUGUAAAUGUCGCCUUUAGAGAAUGUUACUCUGUUAAACAUGUAGUGAUGAUUGAAUUUUUUUUUCCCCUAAGAAGAGAAGCAUUAGGGACAGGCCUUCAGCUACACGUAGGCCAAAUCGUGGAAUACCUGAAGACCUUUCAAAGCCUGGCCUUCAUCUUUCCAAGGGGGGUCAUAGAGAUAUUUAUUUCUGGCUGAGGUUCCCGGUCCAGGCCAUUUGAUGAAACUUUGCUGUGUCUUAGAUAUAAGCAUGUUUUUGUAAUAUUUAUUUUUUAAGAUGUUUAGAAAUAAGGUCCUGUUGUCUUUCUCAACUCAACAGAGGUUUACUGUUGUCCUCUCCUGGAGGCAAACAUUACUGUGUUGCUAGCAAGAGCAAUAGCUUAGAAACUGUUGCUGGCCCUGGAAGCUCAUAAAAUGAGAGCCCCUUUCUUUCCCAGCAGAAUUUACCUGGAUCAUUUUGCUUCUAGGAUACAGUGGAUUAUAUAUGAUGCUCUCAUUGCCCUGGAGUUCCUGGUAUGACAUGGAAACCCGGCAGUGUGUGUGCUCAAAACAGAGACAUGCAUGAGUGACGUCUGAGUGGCUUCUGGGGUGGAAAUACUGCAGUGCUUACUUCCACUUCAAUGACCUCUUGUCGGGAGAGGGUGGGUUGAGGCCAGAAGCAAGGAGGCAGUUGUAAAACACAACACUGUUACUUCGCAAAAUGUUGUCAAUCACAAACUUCUUGAAAAGCUUACUGCUCCUUGAAAGACUUUUACAUUUUUAUAUUUCCAAACUUGGAUUGAACGUUGGGAACCCUUUCCUUCUCCACAGUGCCCUCUCUCCUCUUCUUCAGUCAAACUAGCCCACAAUAAGGUGAACGGAACCCGGGGCCCUUUGUGACGUACUUCUCCAGGUAAUCGGGUGGCUCGUCAAUUGGCUUCCAUGAUUGUUUGGGCUUUGGAAGGGGCUGAAUCCAGGGGUCUAGGUGAGGCGUUAGGCAGGCUUUUUAUCCAAGGUUUGGGCCUUCUCUACAGAGGUCUAUUUUGUGUCUAUGCUGGUAGAAGGAAACAUAUACCUCAGGGUCUUGUCAGAAGGCUUUGUUACUUAUAGUUGCUGUGGCUUCUACAAUGCUGUGGCAUUGGUUGGAGGAACGCACUGGUCCCCUACCCCCUUGAGUCUCCAGGUCAAAUUCUUCCAUGAGACUGGAGCUUCAUGGGGGUGGGGGCAGGGAGGUGGCCUCUCCCAGUGCUUGGUGGUCUACCAGCCACAUCUCUUUGUAGAUGAAUCAGGAAAGGUGAGAUGACGUGGGGGCAACUGGCUGCCAGUCAGAAGAGCAGGGUUGUUUUUUAGAAUUUGCACAUGGUGCACAUGGAGCCCUAGGUUUAGCUCAUGUUUCCAGCACUGGAUGGCAGAGAAUUUAUGAGAUUAUCUCCAGCUGCACUAUGGGCCAGCAAGGGUACAAACUUGUGGGGACUGUUCAGUUUGGCAAGGAUCAGGGUUCUCGGGUCACUGAGCAUGGUAGUUUGUGAUAAGCUGAAACAAAGGGAGGAGGCAGAAUAACUCAGUCAUUCUGAUGAGUAUUUUUCUCAAUAGGCAGGUUUUACCACCAAAAAAAGAGAUAACCCCUAGUGGUUACUCUUCACCGAUACGAAAGCUAGAAAACUUGACUUUCCAUUUUAGUAAUGACUUGCAUUUAUUUGGUGCCUUUCAUUGGGGGAAUCCCAAAGUGCUUUAGAGACUGUCUUUUUAACAUCUCUUGUACAUAUUUAUACACUUGUACACAAUAUAAACUUUGGUCACUUCUGAGAGUGAGAAGUUGCUAAUAGCAUCAACUUCUCCAAGUGGUGGUUUCAGAUCAGAGGGAGAGAGAACAACCCAGCUGGCUUGAACCCUGGAGUUAAUUCCCACAAAGGAUGGUGCCUGAAAGUGGCCUAGGGAGGAAUAACCUUCCUUUCCUUCAAAGUACCAUCAAGGUAUGGAGUUCCCAAGCUCUCCAUUGGGCUCUGUCCAGGUGACAUCUUAUGUGGCAGUGUCUUCUGGUCUCUGAAACUAGUCACGGAAGAUCAGGUUAAUUUUAUGCUCUGUUUCUGGAGUUAAGAAUACAAUUACGAGGUGACGUCUUUGGCCACCAGGCUGUCAGAGUGACCCAUAAACCUCCUUUAGGGGGACACAAUAGAAGCUUCAGAUCAUUUAUUUCCAGCUCUGGCUUCAGAGCCCCUUCACUCCCAGAAUUGAAAGGUUGUUAUUUUCAAUGCCACUGGGACACAUGUACAGGCCCUUCUGACAAUAUACGUGAGGAGCAUUUCAAAAGUGCCAGUUGGAAGUGACCCUGUGUCUUUAAUGCAUGGACAUUGGUUAUAUAUUUGUGUUUUCUGCCCAAAUGCCCUCAUUUCCUGGGUUUGCUCCUGAGGAGGGGCGUGUUGUAAUGCUGAGCUGAUUCGAAGCUCCUAAGGUAGUAAUUGGUAUUUAACAUUUGGAUCUGUUAUUUCUACUUCUCUUAGUACUCAGAUAAUUGAACUACCUGCUAAUUCUUGCCUCAUUUCCAAGAAAAUGAUUUGUUCUGCACUUUGGGAUAGCAGUGAUCUGUACAGGCUGUGUGUUAUCUACUUGAAGGCUUAACUGGUAUUUCUUAUAUGUUUUAACAGCAUGACUUGUUACAGAGUUGUAAUUUGCAAAAUUGAGAAAGCUGUAUUUGCGAUGUCAGUUUCAACACUCAUUAACACACUACUGUGCAAGCAUUGACAUGGGCCCUGCUGAACCAUUAUGUCUGGUGGCUGCCCUGGCGGUCUCCACGGCUCGACUCGGGGAUGAGGAAAAACAGUGACCCACUCAGGACUCCAGCCUUGAAGAUUAAAUAGAAAAAGAUUAUUUAUGUGUCCUUAAGGCACUUCAAUUAUGUAUGGAGUGGCAAACACAAGGGUGUGCAGCACUGGGGACCAGAGUUCUGGGGAAAGACUGGGCUUUUUGAGGAUUUGUUGGGAAGGAAGAGCUGUUAUUUAUUCUUUGCUGGCAUACAGAGGUGGCCAUCGUUUGCCAGGAUCUAGAGCCUCCAGCCUGCUUUGUAGAAAGAAUGGUCAUUUAUUCUUGGAACCCUGGUGGAACAGACAGCCCUUGCAGGAUUUUCCCCUUCCACACUGCCUUGCUCAGCACCACUGAUGGGACACACCAGUGCCAACGCACCCCCUCCAGGUGCCAUUGUCCCCACUGCAGUGGUACCUCCCUGACAGUAACUUGGGUCUGGGGUCCACUGAGUGCUCUGGUUGUUUUGGUGUGAAGACUGCUGGGGGAUACACGGAACCAGGAUUAGACCAUGAGCUAUAGCAAAGGUCAUAUCUGUAGGGAAGUCACUGAGCUCUACUCACAGUUUUGCCUUCAAUUCUGUGAUUUUACACACAUCAUUUGGUCUCUCUGAGCCUCACCCCCCCCACCCUUGCUGUAAAGCGAGAGGGUUGGAUUAGAUCAUCCUUAAAGCCCAGCCAGUUCUCCAUCUCAAUACAAAAACAGAAUUUCCGCAGGCCCCCCUGCAUCCCCAGUAGAGCAGUGAGCAGGUCCUGAUAGCCCGAAGCACAGCAGAUGAUUUCAUUUCUCUCUUCAUUUCUCCCUUCAGUAGUCAACCAUGAUAGACAACACUUCCAGGGACAAGGACACCAGAGAGAUAUUUGGACUGGUGUCUGUGUCAGGUGACUGGAGUUUUAACACGACUGACAAGUGUCUCCUUUGGGCUUGAAACUGUUUAUACGCCUAAUCCAAAUUCCUGUUAUUAAAAAAAAAAAUCACUGGACACAGAGGAAAAUC